ACGAAUUAACGACGUUUCAUGUUCUUUAGAAGAGGCUAUUGAUGGCUACACUGAUGCUCCUUAGCUAUCAUUCAUAUGUCCGGAUUAUUUAUAUAGUGUCUUAUAUGGUGGUUUAAACUUUACUCUUAAACUAUUGCGGAUAUAUUAUUUAUAAUGUAGUCCUGAAAUGUGUUGUUGUCUUGCCUACCGACUGCCAUCGAUUAAGAAUGACUUACACAAUGGUAACAGUGUCAAGAUGAAGAUGAUGUACAGUAGGCGGAAUUCAACCAUGUGUCAGUGGAUGAUAUUCUUUGUUGAGCUCUCUUCUUGGACUAAGCCACUGCGGUUGGAGUACAUCUGUAGGUUAUUCUCUUAACCAUCAUCCCAGUUCUCCGUUCAAUGCCUAACACUGCGGAAAGUGAAGGCGCCAAGGUAUCUGCUAGGACUGGUCAGGAGGCCCCAUCACGGGCCCCGGCCAGAGAGGAUGAGCGUGAGCGCAGCUUCCUGAGUCCGAUGACGCCUGAUGCGCUGCGGGUACGACGGGCCUCCAGCGCAGAGCUCCAGCUUCCAUGGACCUGCCCUGUAACACACUCCCGAGAGAAGUUCUACACCGUCUGCUCGGACUAUGCACUGCUCAACCGAGCCCGACCCAUUAUCACAUCUGAAGAUGGGCCACCGACCAAUCCAGACACCACAGCUGCAACCCCUUCCCAGAGUCAUUCGGGGGGAAUAAGUAUGUCUUUAGAUGGGAACUGUGAUAUGGAGGUUGUGUCAUCCAGCAACAAGCCUGUGCUGGCCUGGGAGAUUGACACCUCUGAUUUUGACGUGGUUCUAACACGGAAAGCCAGAACAAGUAAUUUAAAGAAAUUCAACUCUAAGAAAAUGAAAUCGUCUGACAGGCCGAGCAGAAACCUGCAAGAUCUCCCGCCACAAGCUUCUCUGGAGGAGAUCAAACAGAGAAAAGUCUUGGACCUCCGCAGAUGGUACUGCAUCAGCCGUCCCCAAUAUAAAACAUCAUGUGGAAUCUCCUCACUUGUCUCUUGUUGGAACUUUCUCUACAGUACUUUAGGUGCAGGCAGUCUCCCACCUAUGUCUCAAGAAGAAGCGCUGCACAUACUUGGUUUCCAGCCUCCAUUUGAAGAUAUUAAGUUUGGACCAUUCACCGGCAAUGCCACUUUGAUUCGAUGGUUCAGACAAAUCAACGAUCAUUUUCGUGUCCGGGGUUGCUGUUACAUUCUGUACAAACCUCAUGGGAAGCACAAGACGGCAGGAGAGACAGCUGAGGGGGCGCUGCUGAAGCUGACGCAGGGACUUAAAGAUGAAUCCAUGGCCUACAUUUACCACUGUCAGAAUCACUACUUCUGUCCUGUGGGCUAUGAAGCCACACCGCUAAAGGCAGCCAAAGCAUACAGGGGGCCACUGCCACUUAAUGAGAUGGAGCACUGGAUACUUAUUGGUGAACCAAGCAGGAAACACCCUGCAAUCCACUGUAAAAAAUGGGCAGAUAUUGUGACAGAUCUGAACACUCAGAACCCAGAAUACUUAGACAUUCGCCACAUAGAGAGAGGCAUUCAGUAUCGCAAAACCAAAAAGGUUGGAGGCAAUCUGCAUUGCAUCAUGGCCUUCCAGAGAGUCAACUGGCAAAAGUUGGGACCGUGGGCACUGAAUCUGGAAAAUCUGAGGCAUGAUCUCCACCAUCAGGCACCAGAACACAGAGGUCAAGCUGCGACAGGGCACGGUUCUGAGGAGCGAGCAGUGAAAUGCCUGGGUAGGUCCCUCAGUACGGGGAACAAGUCUGACAGCUCCUGGAAGCGUUUGUCCAACACAGCAGAGUACAGGCACAGAAGCUCUCCAGACAGUGACCUAGAUGAAGACAUAACUGACUAAAUCUAAA